UUUUUUUAACUUUAUGUAAUUCAUAGUAAAAAUGGAGUUGGAAAGUCAAAAUGAAGAUCCAAAUGAAAAGAAGUCACCAGAAACAGAAAUUGAAACACAAAGCAAUGGGGCUGUUGUUCCUUUAGUUGUAAUUACCAGUGGGACUUCUUUUAUGAAUUGGUAUUCAAAAAUAUUGAGUAGGUUUUACUGGGUUGUUAUGCUGAUAAUAUUCCUAUUGGUGGUAAUAUGCGGUGUUAUAGUCGCUGUUAUAGCUCGUUUUCCAAGUUUUGAAGACCCUAUCAAGGGUUUUGAGCCACGUGGAACAGUUAUUAAGGAUCGCACAUUGAGUUAUGUGAACUUAAAGCGUGACCCUCUUAUACAAUUAUAUGGAUGGACCACUGAUAAUGAACAAGCAUGUGAUGAGGAUGGUAUAUUUGAAGAGCCCAACAAUAACACCAGACAAAGAAGAUCUGUAAAUGAUAAUAUACAGGCAUUUAAUAAAUGUUAUUAUGAAUUGACAAAUUGUGCAGGCAUUGUGUUUACUUCUGAAAAUGAUGAAGGAAAUCUACUCACGCCUAGCAACCUAAAAACAAUUUGCUCCAUCAAAGUCAUUGGUCCAUAUGAAAGCUAUAAACUAUGGUCAAUUGGAGACUACUUUGGGCACCUUGUGAACAAAUCAUGCUCCAUGCUGGAUGAGGGAAGUAUAACAUCAGCUUUGAGCCAUCUGGAGAUAUGUGCUCCUUACUUUUACAGAACUACUAAAGAUUACGAUGGCAAGGAUGUAUCAUGUUUACAUCCAUCAUACUCCUCUUGUAAUGACAUCCCAGAAUCAUGUAAAACUGGAAAUAUUGUGUUCAAUAUUUUGAACGUCAUGACAGAUACAAACUUUAUGCCAGCAGACAGACUAGACAACAAGAUACUCCGCAGUACAAUGGCCUUCAUGAACCUCAACACCUACUACGACGAAGAUGUGCUGGAAGCUAUAUACAAGGAUUACUUUAAGAAGAGUAGUCGUGUUUUCAACAGUGUUAAAGCAGUAGCCUUGAAUUUUAACAUAAAAUAUGAUGUUUUUAAUAAGUCCUUACUGCAUGAUACUCUUUACCUUGGGCUAGCAGCACUAUUUGUAUUUAUACUUAUUUGGGUUUAUUCAGGGUCAUUUCUUAUUUCAGUUGCAGCUCUAUUUAAUAUGAUCUUCUCCUUGGUAGUAGCUUAUUUUAUCUACAAAUUUGUUUUCGUCCUCAAUUUUUUUCCUUUCUUAAACGUGUCUGCAGCAUUACUUGUUGUUGCAAUUGGUGCUGAUGAUACAUUUAUUUUUUGUGAUCUUUGGCGAGAAGCAAAGAGUACAAUGAGUGCUGGGUCACAACGUCAUUUAGUUUUAAGUGAAACAAUGCAACAUGCAACUAUCACUAUGUUUGUAACUAGUUUCACAACAGCAUCAGCAUUUUAUGCCAGUGCUUUCAGUCCUAUCAUAGCAAUUAAGUGCUUUGGAGUAUAUGCUGGGACUGCAAUCAUGAUCAACUUUAUCCUCACUAUUUCUUGGCUGCCAGCAGCCGUAAUGUUGGAUGAUACUCUAAGGUGUAACUGCUGCUCAUUUUCUAAGCUCUGUCCAAAUAUUUUUGACAGGCUAGCCAGCUCAACCCUACCAAAUUUUAUAAUCAAGUUAAGGUUCAUAUGGAUUUUUCUUUUCACCUGUCUAGCCAUUGCUGGUUGUGUGAUUAUCUUUUUUGUUCCGGGGUUGCAGAAGCCAACAAGCUCGGAGUUUCAAGUUUUCAGAUCUAGUGAUCUUCUAGAGCAGUAUGACAUUAUUUACAAGAACAAAUUCCGAUUCGAACAGAAUUCAUAUUUCAUUCCUGCUGGUAUUUUGUUUGGGCUUAAAGCUGUUGAUAACGGAGGGAAAUGGGAUCCAGAUAAUACCGGCUCAGUCGAGUACCAAUCAGGUUUUGACAUCUCUGCAGAAGAUUCGCAAAUAUGGCUUCUGCAGUUCUGUCGAGAUCUGCAGAACCAGUCUCUCAAAUUGGAGGGUGCAGCAAUCUCUGGUUGUUUCAUCGAUGAUUUCGUAACAUUCAUGCAGUCCCCUUGUCAAUGUAACCUUACUUUGUGUUGUGAUCAAACAGCUUUUCCAUAUCCUUCUGAACUUUUCAAGAUGUGCUUGCCAAGUUUCUUACCAUACCCAGAAGCUGGUGGCCUAUAUAUUUACCAGGAUAAUGACAUUAAAGUUCUGGAGAUUUCAUUCACAACCACAAGACCAUUUUCCAUGGAGUAUUCAGUGAUGGAUUCUUUCUGGAAAGAAACCGAGAAAUUGAUGGAAGAUAAUGUGGUCAAUGUGCCAGAAACGCUAAGUGUACCGUGGUUCAUACCACCGUUCAGCGUGUUUGCGUCAGAUUACUAUGAUUUUUUAGGAUUCUAUGAUCUGCAAGACAGCCUAGCUAGAAGCACUCCUAUAUCCAUCAUUAUUUCUAUCGCUGUUGCCAGCGUGGUUCUUCUUUUAACACAGCGAAACAUUCUUAUUGCUCUUUACUCCAUUCUUUCUCUAUCAGGCACUAUUUUCACUACCAUAGCUUUUCUUGUUCUUCUUGGAUGGGAGUUAAAUAUCCUAGAGUCUGUCACGUUUACCAUCACUGUUGGGUUGUCAGUUGACUUUACUAUCCAUUAUGGUGUUGCAUAUAUUAUUUGUCCAGAGUCAGACCGCAAGUCAAGAAUGAAGUACUCGGUUAAAAACAUGGCUUUAGCAAUAGUCUUUGCAGCUUUUUCAACAUUCUCUGUAGGUGCAUUCAUGAUGGCAGCAACUGUCCUAGCCUAUCAACAACUUGGAACCUUCUUGAUGAUUGUUAUGGUGACUAGCUGGCUGUUCUCUACAUUCUUCUUUCAAUCACUUUGCUAUUGGAUAGGACCUGAGGGAUCAAAGUUCAAAUUGCAGUGCAAGAAAUAAGUAUCUGUGGCUGCAACUCAUGGUAUUCAGUGGCAGCUCCAGGAAUUUUAAAUAGAGGGGGCUCAGAAAGGGACUUUCAACAGUCUAUACUACCUCAGGCCCACCAUGGUUGGGAAGAAAAUUUAUGAUUAUGGCACCUCUAGAUGGCCUGAAAUGGCACUCCUUGAAAAAUUUAGGGGAGGCCUGGGCCGGCUAGCGCCCCCCCCCCCACACUUGAAUCCGUCACUGGUAUUGCUUAUUUAGAGCUAAACUGUCUUGCCUGUUGUGAUUUUUAAAUGUUAAAAUAUACCAAAAGGCCACCUUUCCUUCACUUUGAAAAUGAAUGUCAGAGAAAUACAAGGGAACAAAUUUAUAGUUCAAUGUCAAUUUAAUUAAUUAAUUAAAUUGAAAUAAUGUCAGUUAUUGAUACUCUAGUGAUGCAGACGCAUGUUCUAUCUGAUGGUUAUGAUAGUGUGUCAGCAUUAAUUUUAUUUUAUUGGGUGAAUUCCUGCACAUUUAUAAUCGAAACGGUACUAGGUUUUUGUGCUUUGAACAGGUCUAUACAUAGGGAAAGUGUACCUUUUUAGUUAUGAUUGCCGAGGUCGAAACUAUUUUGUGGUAAUAAAUUAUAUUAACAGCUUAAUUGUAUUUAAUAAUUUAUAUGCAUAUACUGUAUUUGGUUGUAUACUGGUUUGUUUUGAGAUCGAUGAGUGUAAUUAUCAUUGGCAGAUCGAUGGAGGGGCAAGAAAGGUUCCCCGUCAGUAAAAAAAAAAAAUCACUAACAAUGUGCGAGCCCAUAGACAAGAUAACAACUUCCCAAGGGGUAUGGCCUCCUGGACCCCCUCAAUAAUAAGUAAGGGAACACUCCUGAACCUGCCUCUCUCAACCUUUGGACUUGGGUCCUUUACUGGCACUCGCACUCGCACAAACCCAGCGAAAAAAAAAAAAAAAUACGCCACUGUGUACAAAAGUAUAAUUUAUAUUAUUCCAUUGAAUAUUUUAGUUUGAAUUAUAGUUCAUGAAUAGUCUGCUUAUAAUGUUAAAAAGUAUAUAUACUUCUAGUGCAAUUUCUAUAGUUAUAUUUUUGUACACAAUAUUAUGUUGAUGGAAAAAAAUAUAGGCUAUGUACAGUAUAUCUGAAGUAAUAGAAAUUUUAUUAAUAAUCUAUGUACACAUUUGUUUGGAAAAAACACUGUCUUGCCUUAAACAUGGCAUACUUUAUUAUAAAAUAUUUAAUCUGAAAUAUAGGUGCAAUUAUCAAAAUUUAGUCUGGCGCAAGGUUGCAUGGUAUGCUUCAUUUGCUAGUGUUUUCCAUGGAGCUGCUGAAUCUCCAAUCUUCGCCUAACAUGCUGUAAUGGAUCUAGGACGGUUUGCUUGUCCGAUAUGGGCUUGCAAAAAAAAAUUCCCAUCCUGCUACCAUUACCACUAACAACAUGUAGUUUUGUUGAGAUUUGUAUAAAGUUUAUAUUUUUAAACUUGCAGGUUUAUUACUUUAGAUUUUAAUUUUACGUUUAGAAAUUUAUUGUUGUAUUCGCAAUAAUUUAAAUUCCUAGUUUGUUUUGCAAAGUUUUAAACUUGUUGUAGUCUAUAUUUGUUCAAAAUAAAUGCGUGUUGUGUGGAAUAUUGUCUCAAUAUUAUUGGUAGAAUUCUGCAAUGUUGGCCUAUUUCUGUAUAGUAUUAGUUUUUUUUUUAUAUUAUGUGUAUAGUAUCAUAAUUCUAUGUUAUUUGUACAGCACCUGCACAAAGUUCCAAUAAAACCUCUUCAGUCAUAA